AUUGAAUUAUAUAAACAUCGAACUUUCCCAGUGGCGAUAUUGGGAAUAUUUUCUAGGGUUCGGAGAGGAGUAGAGAAAACUUUGAGAAGAAGAAAUCCAUGCCGGGGAAAGUUGCGGGAAAUGAUAGAGAAAGAAAGACAGAUUAUUGAAGAUCAUCUCAACAAUCAUGCAAAGAUGCUCCUCAAGACAGAUCAAUCAGGUGCCGAUUAUGCACAUUAUCACAAAGUCACAGAGCUAGCAAAAGCUAUCGAGGAGAAACUGGAAUUCAAAAGCCAAUUGAGAGAAUAUGAUGUUCUCCUCGGAUACAGAGAGUCACUUUACAAGAGACAAAGAUAAAUUGCUCUUCAUUACAAAUUGAACCCAAAAGGGGAAAUUGUUAGGACAUUUUUAAUUGUGUUCAAUUUAAUUGUAUUUAUCUUUUUCUAUUAGAUUUAAUUAGUGAGCUUUUAUUUAAGUUUGCAGACUGUUCUUUUGUAUUUAGG